ACUGAAAUAAGUCAAAUUAAUAAUUUCCAUUUCUAUUAAUUCGAUAUCAUUUCCUUCCUGGCUAAGGAAAUUUGCGAAAUUUAAAUUUGUUUUUAGUGGGCUAUACCGAUCCCAUCACCCCUUGCUCGACCUCAAACACAGAGGAAAACAUGGAGCAGGCUCUCCUCUCAGAAGAAAUAAGGAGCGAAAGUGAAGUGAGAGAGAAGGAAAGCGAUAAGUGGAGUUCGUAUCAGUAUGUUGGGAGAACAGGGUCUGUGAUCCCAACUGCGUUCUUGGCGGGAACUGAAGUGAGCGUUGAAGAGAUUCGAUCGGCGGCUUCUUCUGGUCACUACCCGCCUUCCAUCCAUGCGCCUUUGAUCAGCUCACCAGAGCCUGAUCCCAGCGAGCAAGCUAUUAUUUUUCAAGGUCCUUAUGGAGGAGAUUAUGGUGCGUACAGCAAUGAAUUCCAGAGGCAAAUUUUGGAUGAGGUAGAGAUACGGGAAUUGCUUAUUGAUCACGUUGGACAUCGAUGCUGUUGGGGGAGUCGUCCAGCUCGGACUUGGAAAAUUCACACUGUUGAGGAUUGCAAUGUUUAUGUGGGAACUCUAGAGACUUUCAUUGAAGAAAGGGAAGUUAUUAAAGAAACUGAGCCUUACCUUGGAGGCAGUAUUGACAGGAAUAGUAAUCGACCUGAACUUGGCAUUUGGGAAUUGGAUCUAAGAUCCGAAUUCCCUAUUUUAUUUGUACCUCAUAAAGAAAUCCAUGUCAAAGUUCCUCAUAGUGAAACCAUUGAAAAAUGCUCAGGUACUGGACUACUGAUACUGAUAUAACAAGCUCUCUUGAGGUUAAUGUGAAAGAAUAUCAGUACCUAAAAGUUGUUUGAACUUGGUUAUUUGCAUUUCUUUAUAGCUGUUGCUCUUUCUAUUUUCUUUCCCAUUGUACAAAAGCAUCAUGCUUUAUUAAUCAAGCAGGCAGUUCAUGUAGCGGCUAUGGAUGUUGAUGUCCAUUCUAAUUUAGAAUUAGAAAGUAUCUGCAGGUUGUGCAGGACGAGGAGAUAUUUUAUGUGCCUCAUGCAAUGCAGACCAAGAACCUGGAUAUUAUAAGGAAAAUCAGAUGAGUGAGUGCCCUAUUUGCCAUGGAAGGGGUUUGAUUGCUCAUAGAGAUGGAUCUGACACAAUGUGAGAUAUUUCUUCUUUCAUCUCUUAAGUUAUAUGGAAGCCAUUAGUGUUUUGCUGGAAAGUUGGUUCCAUGCUCUAGACUGAAAAUGUAAUUUGUUUUCCAACCAUCCAAUUGUUAGAAACCAUACUGGUAAGAAACUAUUAAAACAUCUGACUUGUUUCUGAAUUUUCAUAUCUUGUCAGAAGGUGGCUUUUUUGUACUAGUAGUACCAUUGAAACGUCUGACUGUUAGACUGUUGGUGUUUGAACUG